AUGUCAGACAACACGCAGAGGAUUCAAGAGGCUAAUGUUUACAAGGAGCGAGCAAGAUGUGUGCUGCAGAGGAAGGGGUCGAGGCAUGCACUAGUCGCUGCCAGAGGCCAGUGCUCCCGGGUGUCAUUCCACAAGCGGUGUGUCUCCACCGACAACCCUGCCGUCAUCGAUUGGUUUGACGUCGGUCGUCUUCCUCUUCCCAGGUCACUCUGACACAUACGCAGCCAAUGGUCGGUGGGUACGUCUGACAGACACAACCGUUAGUUGGCAUGGCCCGGGAGCAAAAGCCCACUGAAAUCACCGUGUCAAUCUGACAUGCCCCUGUCAUCUUUGGUGUUCCCUCACCAAGCGAAAGUAUUUCGCAUGCUGUGGGUCUCAGCCCCACUGUACAGUGAGGAAGAGCUACAGAGGGCGGUCAGGAACGGGGGGAGACAUCCGCCAUCUUCAGCAGCCAGGCGAAGAAGUACUGGCGAGGGAGUGGCUCGGUAGCCGGUCUAGAGACAGGUCUGUCUCCUGACCCA